AUGUGGCUGCCCUCUGUGUUGUCAGACCUCCAGAUCAGUAUUUUGCCAGCUGGUGGUGCAGGGGAAUCAGGCAGAGAGCUGCCGGGCCAGCCAGGCCGCCCUGCGCCUAAGGCGAGGAGAAGAAGGCGAGGAGAAGAAGGCGAGGAGAAGAAGGCGAGGAGAAGAAGGCGAGGAGAAGAAGGCGAGGAGAAGAAGGCGAGGAGAAGAAGGCGAGGAGAAGAAGGCGAGGAGAAGAAGGCGAGGAGAAGAAGGCGAGGAGAAGAAGGCGAGGAGAAGAAGGCGAGGAGAAGAAGGCGAGGAGAAGAAGGCGAGGAGAAGAAGGCGAGGAGAAGAAGGCGAGGAGAAGAAGGCGAGGAGAAGAAGGCGAGGAGAAGAAGGCGAGGAGAAGAAGGCGAGGAGAAGAAGGCGAGGAGAAGAAGGCGAGGAGAAGAAGGCGAGGAGAAGAAGGCGAGGAGAAGAAGGCGAGGAGAAGAAGGCGAGGAGAAGAAGGCGAGGAGAAGAAGGCGAGGAGAAGAAGGCGAGGAGAAGAAGGCGAGGAGAAGAAGGCGAGGAGAAGAAGGCGAGGAGAAGAAGGCGAGGAGAAGAAGGCGAGGAGAAGAAGGCGAGGAGAAGAAGGCGAGGAGAAGAAGGCGAGGAGAAGAAGGCGAGGAGAAGAAGGCGAGGAGAAGAAGGCGAGGAGAAGAAGGCGAGGAGAAGAAGGCGAGGAGAAGAAGGCGAGGAGAAGAAGGCGAGGAGAAGAAGGCGAGGAGAAGAAGGCGAGGAGAAGAAGGCGAGGAGAAGAAGGCGAGGAGAAGAAGGCGAGGAGAAGAAGGCGAGGAGAAGAAGGCGAGGAGAAGAAGGCGAGGAGAAGAAGGCGAGGAGAAGAAGGCGAGGAGAAGAAGGCGAGGAGAAGAAGGCGAGGAGAAGAAGGCGAGGAGAAGAAGGCGAGGAGAAGAAGGCGAGGAGAAGAAGGCGAGGAGAAGAAGGCGAGGAGAAGAAGGCGAGGAGAAGAAGGCGAGGAGAAGAAGGCGAGGAGAAGAAGGCGAGGAGAAGAAGGCGAGGAGAAGAAGGCGAGGAGAAGAAGGCGAGGAGAAGAAGGCGAGGAGAAGAAGGCGAGGAGAAGAAGGCGAGGAGAAGAAGGCGAGGAGAAGAAGGCGAGGAGAAGAAGGCGAGGAGAAGAAGGCAAUGAGAAGAAGGCAAUGA